AUGUCAGACCCUCUUGAGCUGGAGCAAGAUCGCCCGAAACGAAACUCUAGAGUGAUCGAGAAGUUCAACGAUGAGAUCAAGGUCGCGGAUGUGGGUGUGGUCGAGCAGCCAGUCAUCUCGAGGACCGAUUCGGUCCAGAGCGGGUCAUACGGAUCCUCUGCUGGGGCCAAGACCUUUGACAAGAAGCUGUUGUACAAACUGGAUAUGCGUCUCAUGAUCGCCAUGUUUUUUCUUAACUUCCUGUCAUUGAUGGGCCGGACAAACAUUGGAGCCGCCCUGAUCCGUCAACUUCCACAGGACCUCCAUCUCGACGCGAUGAAGGUGUUCAUCGUCCUUACAAUGCCAGCAGCGCCGCUGAUCCUCUUUGAGGUGCCAAGUAACCUGCUGAUGCGCUUUCUGAACCGCAAGUUCAACUUCCCAUACUUGUGGUACAUGUGCAUCCUUGAUGUAUUACUGGGUAUCAUCACAAUAGCCCAAGGCUUCGUCAAGACCUUCGAUCAGAUGAUUGCCACGCGAUUCUUCGUUGGUGUCUUUGAUGCAGGUCUCAUCCCUGGCUGCGUAUUUCUCUGUUCACUAUACUACCCUCCGAGACAUCUCCAAUGGAGACUGGGCCUAAUCACCGUCGCCAAUAUCUGCUCAAGCAUCGCCGGGAACUUUCUCGCAUACGCUAUCGCCAACAUUCAGACUACUGAGAACUUCAAAGGAUGGAGAUGGAUCUUUAUCAUCGAAGGCAUAUUCACGGUGGCAGCAUCCCUCGCCUGCCUUCCUGCCAAUGUUGGACCUCCUGAGAAGGCCAAGUUCCUGACAGAAGAAGAAAAACAAAUUAUCAAGAACUCGGUUGAAAUUCGCAACACAGAGAUUGGCAUUGUCGCCGAGUGGAAAAUGUUCUUCACAAACCCCUUGAACUACUGCUGGGCUGCCCUCUACUGCUUUACGACGACAACCGCUUACUCAGUCUCCAUCUUCUCCCCAUCCUUCGUCAAAUCAUUCCAUCCGGAGCUCAGCGCUGCAGAUGUACAGGCGCAAAUUGUCCCUAUCUUCGUGGUCGCUGCCGUGGCAUGUUUGACAACUGCAUACGCCGCCGACCGCCUCAACCACCGCGCAGCCUUCGGACUUGGCGGCUUUAUUUUCACAAUCAUUGGCUACGCUAUCUUGAGGCAGGACGAACACGAAAGCACAAAUGUCACCAUGAUGGCGCUGUACUUCAUCGCCUUCGGCACAUUCAUCACCCUUCCUAUGAUAUGGAUUUUGACCAUGCAAAACUUGCAGACUCCUUUCCAGCGAGCCAUCGGAAGCGGCUUUGUAGUCGGAGUUGGCAGCACAUCAAGCUACAUCUCAGCUUGGAUCUUCAAGACAAGUGACGGCCCGUAUUACAAGAAUGGAAUGACAAUCAGCAUGAUCUUAGUUAUCAUCGCAUUCGCCAUUCUUUCUGGGGGAGAGACUGCAUCCGUCUGCGACAGCUGGGACUAA